AUGACGCCCUCGAUCGAAACUCUCUCUCAACCGGUAACUCUUCCAUGCGGGCUGACUCUUCCGAAUCGCCUCAUUAAAUGUCCCAUGCAAGAGACCUGCGCAGAACCACCCUACUUCGAUCCGCCCGUGGAGAAGUUUCGCACACUGUACAAGACCUGGGGUUCUGCCCAAUACGGCAUGCUUCUGACAGGUCAAGUACAAGUUGACCUACGCUUCCUCUCCGUUGCCGGUGACGUGACUACGCGGCGCGAGUCACUUCUCGAACCUACAAUAAGCAAGUGGAAAGAGUGGGCAAAAAUUGGCCAAGCAAAUGGAACACCAGUCGUCGUGCAAGUGGCCCAUCCAGGACGCAUGUCUCCCGCCGGCGCAGGAGUACGCCCCUCUGAUAUGCCCGCCUUAUGUCCUUCGGCCGUACCUGUAAAGAUGGGCGACGGCUUCUUUGACAAAUUGGCGUUAGAUAAACUGCUCGGUACGCCGAAAGAGAUGUCCGUGGCUGAGAUCGAUGAAGCUGUGGAGAACUUCGUGACAGCAGCAAACGUCUCGAAAGAGGCAGGUUUUAGUGGCGUGCAAAUACACGGUGCGCACGGCUUUCUCGUGUCGCAAUUUCUCUCACCAUAUACGAACAGAAGAACGGACGAUUAUGGAGGCACUCCCGAAAAGCGAAUGAAGUUCUUGAGAAGGCUUGUUGAAGAGAUGCGGGCAGUGGCUCCACCACCCUUCGCGUUGGGCGUGAAGCUGAACAGUGGCGACUAUAUGGAUGCCGACGCGGGCGGACUGUCACAAGACGAAGCACUAGAGCAGGUGAGGUGGCUGUUAGAAUGCGGAAUGGUAGACUUCGUCGAGAUCAGCGGAGGCAACGCCGAGAGCACGUCCUGUAAACUACGCGGCAGUUUCAACAAAAAGAGUUUGGACAAGGCGCCCAAGCGGGCGAGCACACUGGCACGCGAAGCAUGCUACGCCGAAUUCGCCGAGCGUGUUAUGGAAUUGCACCCGAAGAUCCCGGUACAGCUGUCCGGCGGAUUCAGAAGCAGAAACGGCAUGGCCAUUGCCGUGGAAAGCGGCCUGUGCCAGCUGGUUGGGCUGGGACGCAGCGCAGUCCUGGAACCUUCGCUGCCCAGGGAAAUCAUCUUGAACCCAGAGAUCCCAGACGACGAGGCACUCGCGAUGUCGCACCAGAUCCGCGGCUUGUGGUUCGCUAACUUAAUUCCUGCAAAAGUGGUCGGCAGUGGGCUGGGAAUACAGUUCUUCUACUGGAACAUGCGCAGGCUGGCUUCAGGGUUGGCAAGCGAUCCUUACGCGAGUGUGCCGUACGUGAUGGUUCGAGAGGCGCUUAGCGGAUCGAGAGACAAGUUGUUUGGGAGGUUUAGAGAUCUGGUCGCAUGGCAGCGCGUCAAGGCUGAUUAG